AUGGCAGUAUCUACUUUGACCGGGUUUUCCGUAGUGAGUUUGCUCAGUUUGGGCUAUCUUUCCUGGGACUGGAUGAGCCCCAACCAGGUCGAAAACGAAUCUUUGCCGCACACCAGGGAUCCAUCGAUGCUUAAUCAUCGUCCUCCGCAUAUCAUUUUUAUUAUGACGGAUGAUCAAGGUUUUAACGAUAUAGGUUAUCACAACCCCGACAUCCGCACUCCGACGUUAGAUAAGUUAGCCGCAGAUGGUGUAAAGCUUGAGAAUUAUUAUAUCCAGCCCAUCUGCACGCCGUCGCGGAGUCAGCUGAUCACCGGAAGGUACCAGAUUCACACCGGCCUCCAGCACUCCAUCAUUAGGCCGCGACAGCCCAGUUGCCUGCCUUUUGACCAGGUGACCCUGCCGCAGAAACUACAGGAGUAUGGCUACCUCACACACAUGGUAGGCAAGUGGCACCUUGGCUUUUACAAGAGGGAGUGCCUGCCCACUCACCGGGGUUUCCAUUCCUACUUUGGCUCCCUGACGGGAAGCGUGGACUACUACACCUACGACUCAUGUGAUGGUCCAGGAGUCUGUGGCUAUGACCUUCACGAAGGAGAAAGGGUGGCUUGGGGCCAGGGUGGCAAAUACUCCACUCACCUUUACACCCAAAGGGUACGAAAAAUCCUGGCCUCCCAUGACCCUGCCGGCAGGCCACUCUUCAUCUUUCUGUCCUUUCAGGCGGUACACACCCCCCUCCAGUCUCCGCGUGAGUAUAUAUACCCGUACCGUGGCAUGGGUAACGUGGCAAGACGUAAGUACUCUGGCAUGGUGACGGCGGUGGAUGAGGCGGUGAGGAAUGUCACCUAUGCUCUCCGCAAAUACGGGUACUACCAGAACAGUGUCAUCGUUUUCUCCACAGAUAACGGUGGCCAGCCUCUGUCCGGGGGGAGCAACUGGCCCCUGAGAGGGAGGAAAGGCACUUACUGGGAAGGGGGGAUCCGUGGAGUAGGGUUUGUGCACAGCCCUCUCCUCAGACGCAGAAAGAGGGUUAGUAGAGCACUGGUACACAUCACAGACUGGUACCCGACACUGGUGGGACUAGCAGGUGGUAAUGUGUCUGAGAUCGAUGGAUUGGACGGCUAUGAUGUGUGGGGUGCUAUUAGUGAAGGCAAAGAGUCUCCACGGCUGGAGAUCCUCCAUAACAUCGACCCCCUCUAUAACCCCGCACGUCAUGGGUCCCUGCACAACGGCUUUGGCAUCUGGGACACGUCUGUCCAGGCUUCUGUGCGUGUAGGUGACUGGAAACUUUUAACUGGAGACCCUGGUUACGGAGACUGGUCCCCUCCACAGAUGUUGGGAAAUUUCCCAGGUGGAUGGUGGAACCUGGAGCGUCACGCAGAACCUCGGAAAUCUAUGUGGCUCUUCAACAUCACAGCCGACCCAUACGAACGCUAUGACCUGUCGGAGCGGAGGCCUGACGUUGUGAAGGAACUUCUGGCGAGGCUGGUGUUCUACAACCGUACUUCCGUCCCCGUGCGAUACCCCUCAGAGGACCCCAGGGCUGACCCCAGUCUGAAUGGUGGAGCGUGGGGGCCCUGGGCUGGGGAUGAAGAAGAGGAGAACUGGAAUGGGGUUUCCCACAAAAAGAACAAGAAGAAGAGGAGGAAGAAAAAGAAAUCUAAACUCAGUAAAAUGAGGUCCUUUUUCAGGAAGCUAAACACACGGAUUAUGUCAAACAGAAUAUAA